GUGUAAGUGCUGUUGCAUGCUGGGACAUUGAUUAGCAGACCGGCAGUUUUACCAACGUGAAAACCGAAACAAGUGACCAUGGCAGGAAAACAGAGAUGGGUACCAUUAGAGUCGAACCCCGAAGUACUCAACAAGUAUAUAACUAAACUAGGGGUGAAAUCCUCUGAGUGGGAGUUCGUGGAUAUUUAUGGACUGGAGCCUGACCUACUGAUGAUGGUUCCCAACAGAGUAGUUGCUGUCAUGUUGCUUUACCCAAUCACAGAAAAGUCAGAAGUCGAAUCUAUUGGAGAGGUGGUUGAACAACAUGAAACCUACUUUGUGAAGCAGACCAUUGGAAAUGCGUGUGGAACAGUGGCUAUCGUACAUGCCCUAGCUAACAAUGAUGGUGCGGUUAAAUUCAAUGAGGAAAGCCCUUUUGCCAAGUUUCUGGAAGCGACAAAAGAUCUUUCACCACCGGAGAGAGCAACGUGCUUGGAGAAAGAUACUAGUAUGGGAGCUGCUCAUGAAGACAGUGCACAAGAGGGUCAAACUCAGCCUCCUUCUGCAGAGGACCAUGUCAAUACACAUUUCGUGGCUUUCAUAUGUAACGAAGGCAACCUUUAUGAAAUGAAUGGAAGAAGUGAAGGGCCAAUUUUACAUGGAAAAACCUCAGAUGAAACACUGCUACAGGACACUGCCGAUGUUGUCAAGAAGUUCAUGGCACGUGACCCGAAAGAACUCAACUUCACUGUGAUGGCCUUGACCAAAAAGGAAUAAGGCGAUGACCUGGAAGGCCACCUACAUUGUAACAUUCCUAGAAGGAUAAAUUUUCUGUUACAUGGUUGUCCAUCAAUAUUAUGCUACGCUUCGUGUGAGCCAUGCAAGUUCAAUAUACUGCCGUAUUGUUCCUGUGUAUGAGCACCAUGUUCCUGGAGACUCAAGAACCAUAUAUUGUCCAACGUUUCUUAUAGUGCCAUUGUGGUCAAAGAUCUUAAAUCUAAAACAAAUCAUAUUUGAUGCCAAAGCAUUUUAUAUGUGUUUCUCAGUGUUGCUUACAUUGCUUUGCGAUGGUACAAAACUAAGAUUUCUAAUGAGGAUAGCAGUGUCAUAUCCUUGAUAAAAGCCAAAUUUAUGUUGAAAGGAAACCAUUUCAUCAUUUCUUGAGUAGUAACAGAAUGUCUCCUUCAUUCUUCCAGUUAUUAUUUUUCUUGGUUUUCAGUAGCAGUAUUACAUAGUUCAUAACUAAAUCAUUAAUCUACCCAGAUCAUUACUCUACCCAGGUUCAGUAUUGUAUCUCAAUUGUAGUGAUUUAAAAACAAUAAUUGUAUAACACUAUUUCUACCACAAUACCCUGUGUUAUUCAACUCUCAGACCAUCAGUUAAUCAUUACAGCUGUUGAUUAACAAUCUGUUUAUACCACACGUGGUAUAAACUCUGUACGCAUUUUGAUUGGCUAACGCGGUGAACUUUGACCCAAGCUGCAAUUGUUAUUGACGUCAUCAAUAAUCUAAUGACGUCACAUCACCGGGUCCCGGACGUCACCGGUACACUUUAUUUGCAUACGCGAAAUUAUACUUGGCCACGUUUCCCUUUGAUUCAAGCCGAUAUUAUUGUGGUAGAAACAGGUCACUCAACUCGAAAUUGUUGGAUAUGGAAUAUUUAUUUCACACUCGUAAAAAGUUAUUUUUUAAAAGUUGCAAAAAAAACACUCGCUAAAGCUCGUGUCUUUUGUAACUUUUAAAAAAUAACUUACUCGUGUGAAAUAAUUCCAUAUCCAACAAACCUCUCGUUGUGUAACCUCUAUUUAUGACAUGUGCAAGUAGACGAUGCAGUGAAUGCCACAUGUAUAAUGUGGAUUGAUGGCCUAUUGGUGCAAAAUGAACUAACAGUGACAAUCCCUUAUAUGGAAUAACGGAGUUAACAGGAAAGUUAGGCAGUUAAAAUGAGGCUUGUUAAGUUACUGUCUAUGCUAUGUUUAACACAUAAUAAUUGAGGUAGACUCAUUGUUUGGUGAAAUGAGAUAUAUUUUGUAUUGUUUAUUUUCUACCUUUUUCAAGUUCAUUUGCUUUGCAUUCUGUGAACUAAAUAAAAGAUAUUUGUGUCAAAAUAUCUUGGUGUUUUUUUAAGUCUUUCACCAAGAUUGGUUUGGGCAUAAAUAAACACAGCUGUUAUAAAGAAGACCAAUUAACCUAAACCAAACACAUAUUCAUGCGAAAUAAAUGAUUUCAUUGAAUAAGUUUAACUGCAGGCAUCCGUCUGUACACCUGAUGGGACACUGUUGUAAUAUGGCAGAUACACAAAAAGAUUAUCAGAUUAUUAGUUGAAGGGGAAUGAAUAUAUAUGUAUCAACAGAUUUCCAUUUCCCUUAUAUUUAUAUCAAUCUAACAAGACAGAAGUGGAAUUUAUCAGACAAUGAAUGUCGUUACUUGUGAAGACAUGCAUAAUAAUUAAGGCUGUGUGAACAAAGACAGUACAGACAUCAAAAGGACCAUCCAUCAAUAUAAUAGCCUGAAAUGUUGUGUCAUAUUUCCAUAUUAAGACAUAUUUCUAUCCUUAAAUUAAAGAAAGGUUAAAGGUUAUUUCCAGGCAGAUCAACAGGAUAUUGAAUGUGACAAAUCACAAACUGUUCAAACUGUCAGUGUUAGCAGGUGCUGUGAAAAUGACCUGCUGUUAUAACACAACUGUUUCCAAUCCAUACCAGUACACUGUAUAUUAGUAGCAAUUAGUAUUGAAGUUGCUUUUUCUCUUUUCUUU